GAGGAAGAAGACCGAGACGACGAAAAGGGGACCCAAAAAAGGGGGCGAGCGACCGAGUGCGGCGACGUGGGGUGAGUGUGGUGUAAAGGAAUUUAUUAGCCAUGGAUGUAUUCAUGAAAGGACUUUCAAAGGCCAAGGAGGGAGUCGUGGCUGCUGCUGAAAAAACCAAACAGGGUGUGGCUGAAGCAGCAGGGAAGACAAAAGAGGGUGUUCUCUAUGUAGGCUCCAAAACCAAGGAAGGUGUGGUUCACGGUGUGACAACAGUGGCUGAGAAGACCAAAGAGCAAGUGACAAAUGUUGGAGAGGCGGUGGUGACAGGGGUGACAGCAGUUGCACAGAAGACAGUGGAGGGAGCAGGGAGCAUUGCAGCUGCUACUGGCUUUGGCAGAAAGGACCAGUUGGGCAAGAGUGAAGAAGGAGCUCCACAGGAAGGAAUUCUGGAAGAUAUGCCCAUGGAUCCUGAAAACGAAACUUAUGAAAUGCCUUCCGAGGAAGGGUAUCAAGACUAUGAACCUGAAGCCUAAGAAAUACCUUUGCUCUCAGUUUCUCAAGAUCUGCUGACAGAUGUUCCAUCCUGUAUAAGUGCUCAGUUCCAACAUGCCCAGUCAUGACAUUUUCCCAAAGUUUUUACAGUGUAUUUUGAAGUCUCCAUCAGCAGUGAUUGAAGCAUCUGUACCUGCCCCAAUUCAGCAUUUCGGUGCUUCCCUCUCACUGAAGUGAAUAUAUGGUAGCAGGUUCCUUGUGUGCUGUGUGGAUAUUGUGGCUUCAAAUAGAAAAUGUUAAAACAAAUUAAAAACACCUAAGUGACUACCACUUGUUUGUAAAUCUUCACUAUUUUUUUGUUGUUGUUGCUCUUGUUGAGAAGUUGUGAUUUACUAUCAUAUAUAAUAAGAUUUUUAGGUGUCUUUUAAUGAUAUAUUGUGUAAUUCAUUAAUAUAUACAAUACUUAAAAACAUGUGAGCAUGAAACUAUGCACCUAUACAUAUUAACUAUGAAACUUUACAGUUUUGUGAUGUGUUUUGUUAACUUGUGUUUGUAUAGAAAUGGUGAAAAUUAAAAUAAAUUCUCAUUACAAAAAUCUUUUUAAAUCCCAUCUCACGUUAAUAAAAUCAUGCUUAUAAACAACAUGAAAUGAGAACUGACACUAUAACCUAAAUAUAAAGUUGACAGACAUUUGAAAGAGGAGAAACUUUAGAAGAGUUAGACAUAAGAUAAAACAUUGACCCUUCACUCUUGGAAUUACCUGAAGCAACUCUAUGCAAAAGUAUGUUUUGAUGUGCACUGGUUCCUAAGACGCUAUACUGAAAAACUGA